AUGAUAAUGGGCUAUUUAAAAGUUACGCAUAAUAAUCAUAAUCAUAGACAACAAUACGCACUGUUAGCUAGUUUUACAAUUUGGUCAACCAUUGCAUUGAUAAGUAUAUUAAACUUUUAUUCAACAUUUAUCGGUAAAUAUCGAUUUUGGACUAGUAGUCUAAACUAUUUGCAGCUACAGUUUCGCCAAUUGGACGACCAGUUUGCCCGGGCGUGUCGUCACCAAUCAGGCAAUAUCCGUCACGUAGUGCGUGCAAUACACCGACACCGCGUGUGUACGUGUUAUACCCGUGAAUUAAAUCGGGUAAUCAAUCGGUUAUUAUUUUCGCUACACUGGUGCGCUGCCUCAUUGCUCAACAUUGCCCUAUAUUUGGCACUGUCACCCGGUUAUCGGCUGACCAAUCGGGUAUCGGCCGGUAUUAUAUUUGUGGUAUUGUCUACAAUGAUAUUAUCGAUUAACUACAAGUGCGCAUCGGUUACCCAUUACGCCCAUCGACCCUAUCGUCGACUAUACAGACUGUUGGCGUUAUCGUCUACUACUAUCAAUGGGAGGACAGUUGGUAUGGGUGUGGGUAUAGAUGGCAGUCCCACAUCAGAUAAAAUGGACUUCGAGUGGCGCACACAACAAACGUUUCAAUAUUAUACUGUCCAUGAAUUACGUCAAAUACUUGACUUAAACAAUGAGGUUAUCAAAGCCGAAAUGAAAUUACAGGGCUACAAAUACCAGCUCCAGGGCCUGCAUAUUGUCCAACAAUUUUACCAGAAUAUUACCCAUUUGGUCGACAUACUGAUGCCCGUUGCCUACGCCCGUAUGGACGAUGCCUACCCGUCCAACAGUACAGCCUCGCAGAUAAUCUACAUGUAUUUGGCCCAAAAUACGGAGGAUUAUCGCUGGUUGGGUAACAAAUUGGAUGUCCGACGAAAAAACGAGAUCCGUUUGUCGGCACCGUUGGCUACACUCAAGCACCGUUGGCUAUUGCUACAAAAUGAUCUACUUGAUCGUAUACUAUGGGCAGCCAAUUAUAUUCAUAAUAAAGGUGAUCUAGCUGAUUUAUUUUGGGCGCCCAUACACUAUAAGAUUCACGAUAUGUUUCAGCAAAUGUUUAACAAUAUUAACGGUGAAAUCGGCAAACUUGACGACCAAGACAUCAAAAAAGCUCAAACAUUGCAGAUAUUUAUUGAAGAUAUCGGUAUAUUAGGGAUAUAA